UAUUUCUCAGAAAUAUUUAAUUCAUUGAUUUAUAAAAUAACGAAGAGUUUUUGCUAUUUCUAAUUUGAUGAUCUAGAUUUGGUGAUUGUGGAAAUCAAAUAACAGUUUAUAGAACAAUCUUAAGCUGAAAGCAUUCAAUUUGUAUUUUAUUUGUACAUAGUUAGAAGGUUAACUGAUAUUUACAUGAGAAUCACAUGGUUUUCAUUGAUGAGUGACUGUUUUAACUGUAGGCAAUCCAAACCAAUGAUUAGUAAGCCAAAGGAUAAACGACAAAUGACAUUGGAGUACUAAUAAACCGCAUAUAAUUUACAUAAAUACAUUUAACAAAUAUAUUUUCUGAAUUGUAUUGAUGCGUUUUAUUUAACAAAAAUGAGUUUAACAACACAGAACGUGUCGAAUUGUUCGAAUAGGACUUUUGAAAGGGAUUUAUUUGAUGCCGAUGGGAAUAUUAGGAUUCCAUUUUAUGCGAUAAUUUUCCUUCUUUCUGUAAUGGGAAAUUCUUUAGUUAUACUAACACUAUUCCAAAACCGUAGGAUGAGGACAAUAACCAACGUGUUCCUGUUAAACCUGUCAAUCAGUGACCUGUUGUUAGCAGUAUUCUGUAUGCCUUUUACUCUCAUCCCGUUACUAUUGAGGAACUUUAUAUUUGGAGAAUUUAUGUGCGUUGCUAUCCGAUAUCUUCAAGCUGUCUCAGUAUGUGUGAGCUGUUUCACGUUAGUUGCAAUAUCUGCAGAGCGAUAUUUUGCAAUAUGCCGGCCACUUCGUUCAAGGACAUGGCAAACAUUAUCACACGCCUACAAAACAAUCAUCGCCAUCUGGAUGUGCGCACUCUUACUAAUGAUCCCGAUUGCUGCUGCACAGGAAAUUCAUCCACUUCAAACUGGCAAAAAGGCAUGCCGAGAAAUAUGGGGAGAUGAUUUACGAACAUUACAAGUCAUAUACAGCAUCUUCUUAGUAAUUCUUUUGUUAAUAAUUCCUCUGUGUGUCAUGAGCAUGGCAUACGGAGCAAUGUCUUAUAAACUAUGGUUUACUAUGAAACAACAAAUGCAGGAGCAAUCAGAUUCAAACGAAACAUUUUUGUCAUCUAACAACGAAAUAAACAUGGCAAGCAUGAAGAAAAGACAUUACGAAGGAAUAGCCAAUGUCAGCUUGCGACAAACAAAUGUUAGGUCUAGUAACCUUAACCGGAAACGUGUCAUCAAAAUGUUAUUUGUUGUUGUAUUUGAAUAUUUUGUGUGUUGCUCACCAAUGUAUAUACUUAACACAUGGAAAAUCGUAGACUAUAAAGAUAUACAUCCGAGACUAUCUGACGCAGCUUGGUCACUUAUUCUACUUCUUUUCUAUGCGUCGUCGUUUAUCCAUCCAAUAACAUACUGUUUUAUGAAUAAAAACUUCAGGAAGGCUUUUUUAUGCGUUUUCCGGUGUUUCAUCAGCAAAACCAAACCACUCGGAAGGAGUUGUACCGAGAUGAGCACGAUGAACACGUCAUCUCUUCCGAAGAGGAGUAAUAAGAUGAACAAACAGUCGUCUCAGGAUUUGGCGUAGUAACUUUAUAAUUGUGCAUUUCAUGUCAAGAACAGGGUUCAAUCUAAUAUUUGGUUUUACUAAUUCUAAGGGUAAGUUAGUAUGUUGUUUGAAACACAAAAAAAAAUAGAUAGAAACUGAAUGCUCUGAAUUCGAAAUAAAUACUAUAGAAACAU